AAUAAUUUCCCUGAAUAAAAAUAGGUAGAGAAAGUUCAGCUGAAUUUUGGGAGUGUAAAUCCUGUCGAGGAGAGAGGCUGACAGUAGUUUUUGGCAAGUCCCUGGCCCAUCAUUGACAAUGCUGUGUUUCAACAUGUUUUCCCACUGCUAAAAUAUUAAGAAACUAAGGAUGUUUUUCUAACAUAUUCUUUUAAAUUCUCAGUACAAUUACCACAGAUUUUUUGAGGAAGAGGGAUCUAAGAUAUACAUACAAUCUAAGAUAUACAUGACAUUCUAAUAUCCAGCUGAAAUAAAAAGAAAGUGGCAAAAAAAAGACAAUGAAGUCAUAAAGCAGAAAAUGAAAGUGGUAAGUGUCAAAAGCAUACACAAGGGGGAAGACCUUAAAAACCAAAAAAUGAUGAAAGAAAACUUCUCCUACAGAAUAAUUAAAUUUCAAGAUUUUGAAGAAACAGAGACGCCUAUUAAUAACCUUCAAAGCAAUCCAGCCUGUCUCUCAGGAUUCAUACACAGGAAAGGAGAAGCAUAGCAGCUUAUCUUUACCAUGAACACUUUUGGCUUGGUACAAAUUGGCCUCAUUCUGUUGUGCACCACCACCAUGUCAAGUCUUAACUGUAAUCACCUUCCUUUACAGCAAAGAAAAGUGAUUGAGAACAGCCUGCAACUUUUGGACAAAAUGGGCAAAAAGUUUCCUCAACGGUGUCUAAGAGAGAAAAUGUCCUUCAGAUUUCCUGAGCAGGUUUUAAAGCCCAAACAGAAAGAAACUGUCAAAAUGGCCAUUGAAGAGAUCUUCCAACACAUCUUCUACAUCUUUAGCAAAAAUCUAACUCUAGCUGCCUGGGACAGGGCAGCUCUAGAACAAUUCCAAAAUGGACUUUAUCAUCAAAUUGAGCAAUUGGAGGCAUGUGUAACCAAGAAGCAAACCCAGUACUUUUGGAGUAAAGAAGUCAACAGGCUCAAACUGAAAAAGUAUUUCCAAAAGAUAGACUGUUUUCUUAAAGACAAGCAACACAACCUGUGCUCCUGGGAGAUCAGCCGUGCAGAAAUGAGGAGAUGUCUUCAAUUGAUUGAUAAAGUCGUGAGGAAGCUUUACAACUAAGGGUAUACCCGCCCUCCUCUCUGCCAGCAUGGAUGCAAGCUAAAGGAGGUGUUGAGAGCAACAGAUACCAGGUCUGAAGCUGAAAUACCAGAAAUACAGCCUGAUAACAACUUCACCAUGAUGCAGAAUAACCGGAUAGACUAAAGGGAGAAAGCAAAGAAUCAGAGCCAUUUUUCUGCCUGGUGAGAUCCCACCAGAUGUAUUACAGCCUAAAGUGUAUUUCUUGUGCUUUGUAACUCACAGUACUUGGAAUGACUGUCAGACUGUGAGAAAUCUGAUUUCCACUGCUUGGUUUUUGGUUUUGGUUUUGUUUUGGGGUAGGUUUUUGUUUGUUUGU